AUGGGCAGCGUCAAUCUCGAUAAGGGCUGGAUACCGCACCUCAGCCAGAUGCACCAGGGGAAGGGUGCCCAGCCGAACCGGGAGGGAAGCCAGGGAGGAGGGCGAGACCAAGUACGGGAGCAGGACGGCCAGGAGGGGGCUAUCGAUGACGAGGACCGCAUCUUUCAAUGUGGCUUCUGCAAUCGUCCCGUGACAUACGACAUCGACACCUUCACGGCCCACGUCCAGGCCGAUCUACCGAACCACGGCACCCUGGAAGAUGAGACGGCCAUCGCAGAGGCCUUUGCCAGGGUGAGCCUCAGGUCUCCAGUUCGCUCCAGGCAGCAGCCACAAUCACCGUCCGGCAAGAAGCGGCCGGGGCCCGAUCCGGGCGGACACGGACGCUGCGAAUGGGACCCGGACCGGGCCACUGGUGAGCCGGAGCCUAAGAGGCUCAGGUCGCCCGUCACCUCGGACAGGGCAGAUCACGGAGAUCACGGACCGCCCGCCGCCAAGUUCGACCGCGGCAGGGGCCACAACCACAGCCACAGUCGCGGGUCGCACUCGGUCUGGCAGCUCGAUGACCCAUAUGCCGGCGGUUCAGGCCAGCGUCCGGCCGAGAACCACGGCAGGAACGCCUCUUCGACCGACCAGCCACGCCGACGCCAGGGAGCGGCGCGGCCGACGGAUGCCGGCGCCAGGGCCACGACACCCGCCGACGCCCAGGCGCACGGGGACGAGCUUCUCAGGCCCAACACGUCGAUGCGCGCCCAGCCGGAGAGCCGGCCGAUAACGCAGGACCAGCUGGUCAAGGAGCUCAAGGGCAUCUACUCGACGCUCGUCGUCGUCGAGACCAAGUGCAUCGAGGUCGACGCGGCGCAGACGGGCAACAUAGAGCACAACCCGAGCGCCGAGCAGUGGAAGGCCCUGAUCCUCCUGCACCGCACCCUCCUGCACGAGCACCACGACUUCUUCCUCGCCUGCCAGCACCCGGUCGGGAGCGAGGCACUGCGGAGGCUGCCCUACAAGUACUCCAUCCCGGCCCGCAUGUGGCGCCACGGCAUCCACUCCUUCCUCGAGAUCCUCCGCCAGCGCCUCCCGGCGUCGUACGACCAGAUGCUGGCCUUCAUCUACAUCGCCUACGGCAUGAUGUCACUGCUCUACGAGACGGUGCCCGCCUUCGAGGACACAUGGCGCGAAUGCCUCGGCGACCUGGCCCGCUACCGGAUGGCCAUCGAGGAGCACGACCUGAGGGACCGCGAGGUCUGGACCGGCGUGGCCCGCUCCUGGUACAGCCUGGCGUCGGACAAGGGCCCCUCGACCGGCCGCCUCUACCACCACCUGGCCAUCCUGGCCCGCCCGAACGCUGUGCAGCAGCUCUACUUCUACGUCAAGUCGCUGUGCGUGCCGAUCCCCUUCGCCAGUGCCCGGGAGAGUAUCAUGACCCUGUUUGACCCGCUAUUGGCCGGCAACCCCCAGAAGCUGCAGCCGGUAGACGCCGCUUUUGUCCGCGUGCAUGCCAUCUUGUUCUCCGGGAAGCACGAGGACCAGCUCGAGUCGUCUAUGAAGGAGUACAUAGAGGGUGUGGACGGCCAGAUUGGGCAGAUGGCCAGCAGAUGGCUCGGGACUGGCUAUCACAUGGGUAUCCCUCUUGCGUGUGCACUUUUGGAGUACGGUAACAGAGACAACUUUCUGAUGGAGUUGAUUCGGCAGCGACACGAGCCGAAGGAGGACAAGACCAUUGCCGCCGCUCCCAAAGAAGCUGGAGAACGAGAUGGAGGGGGAGAAGAAGGAGAAGCAAGUAACGGAGUAUCAGGACAGGACACGAAGAGUGUCAGCACCAGGGAACCGGGGCCAAACGAUACGUUUAUCAAAGCUCGCUCGCUCCUGGUAAAGGCUUACACUACGAUAGUAUCGCGAUGGGGCGACUACAACACGCUGCCGUUCCUGCACACGAUCCUGGCUUUUCUAGACCACGCGUCCCAGUACCCGGAGGCGAUGCGCCAUAUAGAAGAAGAAUUCCCUUGGCACCUGACGGCCGUCAUGCUAAACUACAUACUGCCCAAGCCUGUGGGCAAUGUCGAUGGCGAUGGCGAUGACAAUGGUGAUGGUGAUGGUGGUGGUGGUGGUGGUGGUGAUGAUGGCAACAACGUCUGGGAAAAGGGCAAGAAGACAUCGAAGACGAAGAAGAUGAAGGGGAAGGGGGCCAACGCACUCGACGCCCAGGCCCACAACGCCCACGUCGCCCACGUCCGCCAGCGCAUAGACGACACGGCCACCUUCCCCGGCCCGUACAAGGGCGAGACGCCGCGCCCGCUGCCGGAGGAUUUCGCCAUGCGAGGCCUCGUCUACACGGAGGACUACUACCCGAUCUACUGGUUCCGCGACAGCAGGGUGGAGGAGGAGGAGAAGUUCUUUGAGAUGACUUCGAUGAUGGAGACGCGCAAGGAGAGGAUCCUCUGGCUGGGGCGCAGACUCGCCAACCACAAGAGGUGGCUUACGUGGGACGGAGAAGGGCACGGUAGGUUCGACGUCGUUGACAAGUAUGCUGAGAGACCCGAGGGCAGGGACCGGUCGGAUCAGUCGGAGGUGGCGAGCGAGAAGACGAUGUGGAAGGGAAAAGAGGCGGAUGUCCGGGGGAGUGUGGUCAAGAUUGAGGAGGUAUGA